AUGUCUUUGCAACGCAAUUACCUGGUUUGGGGCGCCAAUGGCGUAUCCGGUAUCGCGGCGCUUCGAGCUCUCGUCGAGCAGCCCAAGGAAACGGUGGGCGCCAUAUUGGCGGUAUCUCGCCGUCAACCGCAGGUAGACUUGAAAGAUGAACGUAUCAAGUUCGUCUCGAUCGACAUUCUCAAGGCUCCCGUCGACGAAAUCGCCGAACAGCUUAGGGCCAACGGCGGCGACAAGGUGAGUGUAGCUCUGCACUACACCUACAUCGAAAAGAAGGACGCUCAGGAGCUGUUGGACGUCAAUCAUGUCUUGCUCAGCAAGGCACUCGAUGCCACUUAUGCUGCGGCCGGAAAGUCACUCAAGCACUUCCACCUGCAGACGGGCUACAAGUGGUACUCGCUGCAUCUUGCCAACAAGGACAUCGCAUCUCCAGUACCCUACAAGGAGGAUGCACCACGCGGACCCACCGAUCCUCCAAACUUCUACUACGAUCAGGUCGACACUCUGGUUGCGCAUGCCAAAAAGCACGGCUAUGCUUGGUCCGAGACGCGACCCAACACGAUCAUCGGUGCCGCCAAGGGCAACUUCAUGAACCAAGCCGUCUCCACCAGCCUCUACCUCACACUCGAAAAGGCCAAAGGUAAGACCGAAGUGGAGUACCCCGGUAACAAGCUUAACUGGGACCAAAUCUUUGUGUCUCAGAGCACUGCCAUCAACAAUGCUCGUUUCCAAGUAUUCCUCACCGACCCGGGGAAUGCAGCCAAGACGGAAAACCAGUCGUUCAACAUCGAAGACGGCGACAAACGCACACUGGGUCAGAUCUGGCAGGAUCUGGGUAAAGAAUUGGGCCUCAAGAUCCUUCCUCCUACGCUCGAGACAAAGUACAACGAGAAACCUCCCAAGCUAAGCUUGAGCUUGGACGAGUGGAGCAAGCGGUCGGAGAACGUGGAGGCCUGGGAAAAGUUGACCAAGGAAAAGGGUGGUGACCCGAAGGCUUUCGCUGACCAUGCGACCUUUGCCUUUGCGGAUUUCACGCUGGGUGCCACAUUUGACCAGCAGGGAUGCCUUGACAAGGCCAGGGAGGCAGGUUGGCAUGUGGUGUGUGAUACGGUCAAGGAUGGGUACUUGGACACCUAUUACUACCUUCAGCAGAUUGGAACGCUCCCGCAGCUCUGA